AAGAGGAGGCUGCAGAGACGCACAGAGGCAGAGCAGCGCUGCACCACUUUUCCCUUCAUUUACUAGAAAAGCUACAUUUCAGGCUCCGCUGUUGCGCAUUGUACUGACUCACACUGUGCUGCGAGGACGAUUAAAAAAAAACCCAAAAAAGGUCCAGAUCUUAAAAGAAAAUGGGAAGGAGAGGAUUAGCCGCGGAUCAAAAGUGGAGGAGUGGGAGGAAUAACGCAACUCGGGAUUAUAUAUUCUGAUAAAGAAGCCGGUUUCUGCUUCACAUUUACAACCAAAUAAAGUCUGAGGAUGACCGCUGCCAGUCCGCCCUGCAGCCCAGCCUCCUCCCACUCCUCAUCCAUCUGCUUCUCAGCCUGCUACAAACACCUGAGAAAAGGUGAAGCCCUCCAGAACAAGCUGCGCCUGGACUCCCCUCCAGGUGUGUGGCUCCUGCUGGGUGGAAUGGUGGUGCUAUUGGGGAUGAGCGUGGCUGUGGCGGGGUAUGUCUCUGCGCCGCCUAAGCCAGCUGUGGGUGAAAGGAGGGACACCCAUGCUGAUAGGAUGAAGCUGGCUGGGCCAGUGGUCAUGGGGGUUGGCCUCUUCAUCUUUAUCUGCGCGGCCUCGCUGCUGUUCGAGAACCGGGACAAGGAGAAUCCUCCUUGUGACAGUUCUGAUGACAUGGAGGAUCUGAGGAAGAGCAGCAGCAGGGAGGAUACUCAGGAGCAGUGGGAGAAUACAGAUGAGGAGCAGUUGGAGUGGGCCAGCCCUGUCCACCAACUGCCCCACUCCACCCAGAGCCCCCUUCUUCCUCGCCCCAACAGCCCUAACUCCCUGCCAGCUCCUCCUGAUGCAGGAGGCAAAGAUAUAGAGGGAGAAAUUAAAGAGGAAGAGGAGAAGAAGGGGAAGAAGAUACUGCUCACAAUUGUCACCAAAGCUCUCCACCACCAGGAACCGGUCCCCCACCCAUCUUCCCCUUGCCUGUCCGACUCCCAUGACUCAGUUCACUUGGACUCGUGCAACUCGUGUGAGAUAAACCUUAAUGAACGGACAGAGUCAGAGCUGCCCAAAGACUGACGCCCUGACAGAGCUGCACAGGACUAUGCACUGCUGAAACAUUCCUGUGUUUUAGUGCCUCUGUGUGGCACACUGAGUCACGGUCUGGGAGGGGUGUUUUUGUCCUGCAUUGCUCACCAACUCACCCACAUAUAAAAAACUGAAGCUGCUUUGUUUGUCAACUUAUCAUCUUGUUAUUUCCAAGCUCCAUUAAGCCACUUCCGGAGGUACCAGAUUCUGACCUGGUGGUGGUUGGGUGCUGGAGAAGUUAUUUUAGUGCCAACCUGGGUGAUAAAUGCUUCCUCUCCCCAGAGGUGGACCUUUUCUUUCUUAAGAGGUUCACUUAAGAGGAUAAUCCAGAUUAGGUCUUGAGUGAGUCUUUGUCUUAUCUCACAUGCAGUGUAAUCUUCUCUUUAUCUCAGUGAAAUUUGUGUUUCGGCGUGAACAACAGCAGGACAUAAGGCCACACUCCUCUCACUCGACACCUACAGCCAUGCUAUUAAUACCAGCUGGUGCUCUAUAGCUAAAAUUCUGGAUUUCUUACAGCAAAUUAUGACAGUUUCUUUGGAUUUCAACAUUCAGCUGCUCAAAUUUUCCCUUUCCUUGAGGGCUGCAAUGCAAGAUCUGAAAGAAUAUGUAAGUGGAUGAACAGAAACGAGUAACAGCAUUAACAGAAAAAAAACAAAUUCUGGUGAAGCUGCUGAGUUAUUCUUGACGUAACUGAGAAAAUCACUCCUGUCAGUUUGAGUAAGUGAUGCCUCACUCUCCCACCAUCUCGACCUCUCAUCUCCCGUCUCUUCAUCCCCUUGUUUCUAACGCUUUAUUCAAAUCUUCAUUACAACAUCUCGUUUCUUGGAUUACGCACAACCAAGAAAGGAACAGAUAAAGCACAGGAAAGAACAAUUAAGGAGAGGAUUGCUGAAUUGUUCUGUUCAGGUUAUAAGUAGUUGAAAUCUUAUCUCUUACGGCAACUUUAUUUAGCUUUACUCCAGAUUAUUUGGACAGUUGAAGCCACAGAUGGUCAGAGAAAGUAAAUAAAAUCAUAUUCGUUAUUGAUUUUUAGUCAAGAUUAAUUUUUCUAUCAGAUAUCAGAACAGCUGGACUUCCUGAUAUUUGUUCUCAGCUUCUGUUUCACAGGGAAGAUUAUUGACGGGGCACCUCCUCUGAGCUACAUUUCAAUUGUUAAUAAUAUAGGUUUUCCAGUAAACAAUCUGAACACCAAUUUAGGGCUUUAUGUAAAAAAUAUUAUAUCCACUUUUUGAUUGUUUUACUUCCACAAGUGACGAUGAUUAGCUACAGGUGAAACGGAGCUCAGAGUUGAUGACCUUCUAGUAAUGUUCCCUUUAAAGUAAGAGCUUAGAACAGAACAGGACUUUCUAUUCAAUGUAACAAUUUGAUAGAAAAUGAAUGUACAUUUAGAACAAUGUAAGGGUAUUUGUUUUUAACUAUUUCUUUGCACCAAAGUCUAUUCUCUCUUUCAAAUGGAGGAAUCUGAUAAGCCUUGUUUCUGGGGCAGAUCGGCCAUCUUGGAGGACAGAUUUGGUGCCAAAGGUUGCAGAAUAAAAUCAUGAUACCAUUCUCUGAUGACGUUAAAAGCAAUAUUAGCAAAGAGCAAUGCUCUCACCAAAAGCUGUUUUGGUAUUUAAGAAUACAUCACUGCCGCAACCUAAGGCUGGGCGAUAUAUAGAGAUUUUUAAAAAUCUUUAGAAUUCAUUUCUAAAGAGAUAUAAGUCUAAAUCGUUUAUAUUGAAAUUAUCUACUCUGUAAUAUAAUUAUACUUUUAAAAAAUGCCAGUAGGUUAUUUUUCCAGCUAUUUCAGGCAUGAUCUUGUGUUUAUCUACAGCCAUUUUUUAGAAAAUAUGCCUGUGUGACAUUUAGGACAAAGCUCCGUAGUCUAACCGUCCAGACAAAUCUGCCCAAAGUCAUCCUGAUCUAAAGAAAAGCUCUCUACAGCAGCCUGUUGUUAAAAUAUUAAUGAUAUAAACAGAUGUUUUGGGACUUAAUAAAUUAAUAAAAUAUUGGCCUGCCACCCAUGCUGUGAUUGGUCCUAUUGGUUUUAGACUGGACACUAUGAGCCUUACCAGACUGAAUUACACCCUGUGUAACUUAUUCUGGUUGGCCAGGCUGUUUCAGAUUUGCCCUUAUUUAACUACUUCAUAAAAAGAAAAAUUCUAUGAUGAUAAAUAUUGCUUAUCCCAAUUCAGAUAAAUAUUUGAUCCAUAUCGUCCAGCCCUACCGCAUCCAACAAACUUCUCUAUUCCUCUUGUCCAAAAAUGUAUUUUUUUUCUCCCAAAUUUAGCUCGAUUCUAUUAAACUUAUUUGUUCUAUUACGUUGAAUUUAAAUGAUAUACAAUAGCAUUCACAUUACCAGAUGUUAGAUUUCAGAAAUGUUAAAUUUUAAGGUUGGUGGACGUCUUCUUCGGUCCUGGCCAUUUUCAGACAAGUUUAACAUUUAAGACGAGCUAAUCUGGAUUAUUACAAAACACGGACGCAAAGUGAGUUAUCCAUUGUAGGUAGAUUAUUAACUGCUUACAUUCUUUUAACAGAACCCCCAUCAAAAAAUCCUGAUCAAUCCCUUUAAGCCCAAAUUUAGUCCAUAAGCACAGAUGGUGCCGGAAAAUGGGUUGGAUUGUUUUUUUUAUCCUCAGCCUUUUUUUUUUCUCUAGUGUCUGCGCAGGAGAGUUUAAAACAUUUUAUGAGUAGUUUAGGACUGCUAAGUAUUUCCUUGCAGGUUGGGGCCCAUGCUAAGCUCUGGAUGAUGAGUGAGACUGGAGUUUAUAGUAAUCUGAACCCAUACCUCUUAAUGCUCCUGACAACAGAUUCAGUCUGGCCUGGAGCUGAAUGCUGUUAGAUGCAGGAUAUAUAUUUCAGUUGCAGUGUGUAAAAAAAGAAAGAAAAAAACUUGACUUAAGCUGUCAACAUCUCUGGUGAAAAAAUAGAGGAAAAAAAGAAAAAGAUCUGCCCACUCUUCACUCUCACACUUUAGGGGAGUCCCGCUCAGUGUGAGAUGAUCAAAUGCAUUUGAAUUCAGUGAGAAUGAGGCUGUGAGGCUGCAGUCAGUGAUUAUUUAUUUAUAAAAUCGGUGUGUGACAGUAAACCGAGCUGAGAGAAUAAUGUCAGCGCAUAUCUAAACGCACGCAGAAGUGACUGCCGCUACACAAAUUGAGAAAUCUCCCCAAGUGUAGAUUGGUGUUGAUGUUGUGCAGCGGCGUUACAUAAGUCAGCAGUGCAGGUUUUAUGCUGCAUUGACAGUACAAGUGAAUCAAAUCCUUUACUCAGAGAGUAUUGUGCUCGUGUGAGCGCAUUGAUACAUAUCUGAGCAGACAGAAAGGAAGCAGUAAGCUGCUUAGCCCUGCGCUGACUCAGUACUCAAGCAAUUUCUCUGCUCCUUAUAAGAGGGAAGCUUCAAUCAACAUUUUUUAUUGAGACCCAACCAGCUGGGAAUUUUCUGUGUUUAUUCCCCUAAUAGAGAUCAUCUGUGUUACCAGAAAAAGGAAUUUUGCUAAGGAGUGAUGGAAAGUUGAAAGCACUAAUACACAAAGGUGUGUGCUUGAGAGAAGGUAUUUAUUUUCCCACUGAAGCAAUACCUGUCAGCUCUUUAAGUCUGACAUUGACAUUUUACCCAUUAUUCAAACUGCCAAUAAACUAAACUGCAUUUUAUUAAAGGAA